AACAAUGAAAUGAUUGGCUUAUGAUGGAGCGCGUUAGAAUACGGCUUUCCCUCCUCUUCAGGUUUCGAUCGUGCGGCAACCUCCACUGGAGAGGUUGCGGCCGCGGCACGUGGAAAAGGUUUUUCCUGUAGAAUAUGUAAAUUUCCAUUCGAUCCACGUAUCGUAUACAGUUCCGUUCGCCAAUUGCGCAGCCAAGCCAUGCUUUUGUUGCGUCCGUGUCUGUGAUCGAGCCAUUUUUUUUUCGUUGUUGUUGAUAAAACGAUGAAAUUGAAAUUGUUAAUCGGCGGCAUUUGAGGGGACUCUCUUCUCUUGGGGGUCUUGCGAUUGGUGUGAUUGGGUUUUUUGUGGAAUAUCGUUUGCCUGACCGCGGGGCCUCAGUGGCUUUACUCAAUCAGUAGGCGUCGCAUGGUCGCCAGAGCUACCUUUGAUGUAAUGAGUCCGGCACUGGCUGCGGGUGCGAUCCUUUAAAUAGGACAGAAAGAGAGAUUGAUUGUAAACGCAAAACGGAAUAUUGCAAAUUCACGAAAUGAAGCCCAACCGCAAUGAUUGGCUUUAUGUUGCCAGAGAGUAAAACAAGAGAAAAACGAAACAAAAGAAAAAAGAACUACCGCGAUAAAAAAAAACAAAUAUUUAUUUAUUCCCAUUUUGUUGUACGCGCUUCCAUUCCUCCUCGCGCUAUAGAAACAUAGAGACUUGCUGCAUGCCACGCGCUACAUCAUCUCGAUAGACAAGCAGUGUUAGGGUGCUCGAUCAGUGGCAUCUGUAGGUUAAUCAAAUAAUAAAGAACAAACGUUAUCCGUUUCGUUACACCGUUACGCUGGCGUGAACGUUGUCUCUCCAUCUGAAUCAAAAACGCCACCAGCAAAUCCACCAGAGCAGCCCAAAACAUAUCAGAAAACCCAACGUCGAGAAGAGUCGGGAGAGAUCGAGAGAAAAGUGUCCCCAGGAUAGAGUAACGGCACGAUGACGCCGUCUCCUACUUGGCUUCCUCCUCCUUUCCAGGGGUCUAGAAGAGUGUUCCUUUGCAAACUUUGCCUAUGAGUCAGGAAUUAGAUUCUACUAAAAAAAUGUGUGCGUUUUCUCGAGUUCUUGAAAAACAAAAAGGGUAUACUGGGCUACGGGGUUGGCAGCAACACGGUGGGGCUUGGUUUUUGUGUUGUAAAUUUAGUUCUUACUUUUUGGGGAAGAAAGGAGGCGGAGCAGCCGUGAGGACGCCCGGUCGAGCAUUACGCGCUCCUUUGCUUCCCAGCUUUGGGGCCUAGACCUAGACUGCUCAAUUGUUCUUAGUCAUUUUGCUGGCCUUGCUUUUCGUUACGCUUAAUUGGGGAACACGUCGUGCAAUCCAUGGCGUCUUGUCGGUGUGUUUGGGUGCGUGUGUGUGUGUUAUCACGAUGAUAUCAGACAUUAUCUUACAUCAUCAACUCGCACUCACUCGCUUGAUCGUAAAUCAAUAACGAUCAUCGGACUGGGUCGUUAAAUAAAAAAUGAAUUCAAAAUCAUAGACGAAAUCCAACAGAAAACUCAAAACUAUAACGAACACGCACACCCACACACACACAGCAGAGACAAAAGUGGGAAAAGCUAAAAGAGAAAGCCAGGAAAAGCUCUGGCACAAGCAUAAAGCAAGCAUGAUGAUAAUGAUGACGAUGAUGCAAUCAUACACUCAUUCCGUUAAACGUUAAAUAGUAAAACUACGAACCAUGGCGGACGGCCGCUACAUAGUUAGUCGGAACGGGCAAAGCUAACAAUGGUCACAUCAUUAACAACAAUUUGGCAAAGACAACAAACACAAACACACUACAAUAGGUAGGGCGCAAGAAGUGUCUGGAUCUGGGAUUGUGUAUUGCGUGUGAAAGAGGACGUGUGCGUGCGCUAUGCUUGUCGGUGAUAAAAGAUAGGAAAAGCAAAGGGAAAGGGAAACAUUUGUUUAGGUGAUAAAGAAAGUUAUGACAAAGCAUUGAUUGAACGUAGUCCUGGCGCCAGGAAUAUAGCCUGUAUAGCGUAAAACAGAACAGAAGACGACCAAUCGAUCGUUUUUAUAGAAAGGCUGAUCGAUGGUGAAGGCUUUCUCUAGCAGCAGCAGUAGUAGUAAUAGUAGUAGCAGCAGCAACAACAACAACAAAUGUUCGAAUGUGGUCAAUGCACUUUCCGGUUCCACACUAACAGCGCUACCGGUGCCGUGUGCUUUGCUUUGCUAGACAAACUGAAAAUAAGGAAAGAGAUCGGGGUGAAAGAAACAAGCAACACCCCGUGCAAAACAGCGGUUGACAAAUGUGGUAACAAAAACGAGACAAAGCAAUUCGGCUGAAGCGAAAGCACAGAAAACGGUUAACAACAGGAGAAACGAGAGCAACUUCAUUCCCAGCUGAGCCUGACUGUUGGUGUUCGACACCGCUGUGGAGCGAAGUAGUAGAAGAAGAAAAAAGAGAACAAGUGAAAAAGUGUGCAUAACUAGGAAGUCACAGUAUGUAAAGUAUGUUAAUUUAACUUGUAAUGGUGCAAAAAUGGUGGGUGACGAAGAAGACGGGGCGACGACGAUUGAGAAGAAUCUGAAAAGUUAUGAGAAAAUAAAUGAAAGUGACAUAAGAAGAAACAAA